AAAAUGCUUUUCCGGCCGCAGACCCAAACCAACGAAUAUGGACUCAGAUAGAAGAAGGGCCCUGUGUUAUGCGCCGAGAGGUACCCGCUUUCCAAUGCGUACGUAGAGCCUGUAUACCUAUAUAUAUAUUGGCCCGGAAAAUUUAGUCCCUCACGGGAAGCGCGCUUCUAUAGCGAGUCUAUAUUCGUUGCCCAAACGCUCGUAGCUCUUUGGAAUGCAUCGUGGCAGUCGUGUCGACGCCAUGUCGACGCUCGGCGGAGGAGUGCUUUAUCCGAAAGUUCGUUGUUGUCAGAAUGUGUUGUUUAUAUGGGAAACAAGAGUUAAAUUAUAGUGGCGUAUGAGAUCGGAGUUUUCGUCGGCGAAUACCAAGCCAGAACAGUGCAGUCAUAUAGUGUGAAAUACAAUCGGUACGCAACAAAUAACACACAUUUCGCAACAUGGAACAUUCAAACUUCAGCCCGGAAAAUCUCCGCUCGUUCCACGACGCCUGCAAGAGAAACCUCCUGGAGCUCAUCAAGCAGUUCGUUCAACAAGGCUACCCCGUCAACAGUCACGCGGAUUCGAGUUUCGGCGAUGAAUUCGCCGACUACACUCCCCUCCACUUCGCCGUGAAAAACGAAAAUCCAGAAGCCGUGAUGUACCUUCUGCAUUACGGCGCGGACAUUAGCAAGAAAAGCGCCAACUCCUGGACACCGGUUCACCUGGCCUACUACGUUUCGACCAUAAACUUGCUGCCCACGAUCUUCGACUACUCGGAAGUCAACACCUACGUCAACGCUGUGGACGACAGAGGACUGACCCACUUUCACAUCUGCUGUCGUACCAUGGACGAUCCGAGCUACGUUCAACGUUUUAUAGAGAGGGGGGCUGACGUGAACCAGAAAACGCUGUUCCUCUCCAGCUACGAUUCCGGCUUUACCCCGCUGCACUUCGCGGUUCUGAGGAAGGAAGCCGAAGUCAACCCGUUUUUGACGUUGCUUUUGGAAAACGGCGCCGAUCACUCUUUGAAGUGCGAGGAUGGCUUGACGCCGCUUCACUUGGCCUGCAAACUCGAUAACGUCUGUUCGGGCAUGUUGCUCCUGCUGUCCGGUGCCGAUAUCGUCGCUAGAGACGAUAAAAAUCGUCUGCCUCUUCACUACAUAUUCUACAGAAACUGCACGAGUUACCUCGCCGAUAUCAUCUUCGACAACAUCCCAACCGAUCGCAAUUACACGGAUUUCCAGAGGUUAUCGCUUCUGCACAUGGCUUGUUUUUGCGGCAAAACGCUCCUCGUAAAGUCUCUGCUCGCUCAAGGCUGCUGUCCCAACGGUCGCGUCAUCGCGAUCAAUGAAAAUGGCAAGGAACUGUUGUUCGCUGGUAAGCUGAGCCUGGCUGGGCUGACGCCUCUGCACAUGGCUCUGAUCGAGUCGCGUUGGUUGAUCGCUGAAAAUUUGCUCUUGGCCGGCGCUGAUAUCAACGCGGAAGACGAUCAAGGCAAUUCACCGCUGUGGUACUCUUACACUCCGGUCGGCUUUAGAUUGUCUCAAGUAUCGAGAAAUACCGCAGUGAGCGUCGAUCCGUCGAAAGUCAUGGUUGCGAACCAUGUGAUGGCGUGUCGAGCUGCUGGACUGAUCAGCGCAAAAGUGAAGCAUGAAUCGUUGCAACGUGGACUAGUGGCAUUGGGAACCUAUAUAUAUAUGCUUUCCAGUUGCAGAGCUCAACUCGAAAGAAUAGAAAUGGUUAGAAUAAACAACGGCCCAGUUGAAUGUAACAAUUUGCGCGGGAUUUUGGGCAAAAACGAGUUCGAAAUGGCCAGACUGCUCGUUAACAAGAGUGUGGCGAGUUGGUUGAAUCCGAAGUACUUGAAUCAAUUGACCAAGGGAUUUCUCGUGUACGGCUACAUGAUCAAGGCUCAGGUGAACAAGGGUUUGAGGAGGAUUGAGAGACUUUUGGAGGCGAGGGAUGCUUUGGAACGUUUGACUGUUGUUCGGUUACCUGUGCUGUGCUCCGAACGGAUAUUAAGCUGUUUAUGCUAUGAUGAUCUUGAAAGUGUGAUCGAAGCGAGCAUCGCAGUGCAAAAACAAGAUUGACUAGUGAAAAUCGGAAACAACGGCGUAUGAAAGAUUAUUAAUUUAUUUUGAUGCAUGUGUGCAGAUCACUUAAUUGUUUGAAUAAAUAUUGAACAAUUA